AAAUGGAGGGCGAGGGAGAGCUUUGUUCGUGUCUCUGUGUGUGGAGUAAAGGUGGACUUGAGUUUUUUUUCCCUCUGGUUGCACAUUUAACAUGCCUGUAGAAAUUUGGUACAACGGAUUUAAAAAGUCUCCGGCCACUAGGAGCGCCACCUCUGGAUGAGCAUUUUCCUGUUUACUUAUGGUGGUAUACAUAUGCGGUCUUCGUGCCAGCAUUGUUCUGUGGUGGUAUGUAGACAGCUAUGAAAAAUACAGAUGAAAACUCUCUAGGUAGAUAGUGUAUUCUACAGCGUAUCAUGAGAAACUCUACCUCAGGCAAGCAAAACCUCGAGACUUCCUUAGAUAUCAUGCACCAGCUGUUGUUUACAAAUAUACAAAGACCCCCACCCCUUGUCUUGCCAGUGGCUGCUGUUCUGUCCUGCCGAUACAGUGUAUAGCCUGCCAGCUGUGUUAUUCAUCUCGUCGUUCAGCCAUGACUCGGUGAAACAUAAGAUAUUACAGUUUUUAAUGUCCCGUAGUUUAUUAAUCUUGCUCGUAGGUCAUCAAUUUUAUUUUCCAAUGAUUGCACGUUGACCAGUAGAACGGAUAGAAGUGGAGGUUUACUCGCUCGCCUACCAAUUCUCAGAUGGCAGCCUGACCUCCGCCCCCUUUUUCUCCAUCUUUGCUUCACGCAAAUGACAGGGAUUUGGGCCUGUUCCCGGGAAAGCAGUAUAUCCUUCACAUCGGACUCGAUAAAGGAAAAAGCUUCUUCCAUUUCGUGAAUAAGGCGGACGAGGACUAGAGGUAGAAGGACCUGCCGUCAAACUCGACAGUGAUCAACCUCCAUGACCUGCAGUAUAAAUCAGACUACCACAUGGAGGUGCUAGCCGUCAACUCCUACGGCUCCUCCAGCCCUGCCAAGCUGAACUUCAACGUCCCACAGCCUGUAGCCAAGAUGAAUAUGGGUGUGAUGGGGAAAGGGGCUGUGGCAGGCAUUGUCAUAGUCAUCUUCUUGGUGCUACUGAUCGCUGUGGACGCCACCUGUUGCUAUACCAACCGCUGUGGCAUGCUGAUGUUCCUGGCUGUCAAGCUGUUUGGGCAGAAGGUUCCUGGGAUGAAGACUGUGGAGGAGGGUGACGGCACCUCUAAUGGAGACUUGAAGUUGAAUAGGCUUGGCAUAGCAAGGGAUAGCAUCCCAAAAUUGCAGACACAAAAUGGAGCAAAUAAUGGGUUGCAGGCGGAGGUCAUGUACGACAAAGCACCCCUCACCAAAUUUUGAGUAGGCUGCCCAUGAUGAUGUCAGAGGGGUGGACACAGCCCACCCUCGCCCUAAACGGGCUGUGAUCCUUAAAAAAGGGCAAAAAGAGGCACCUCCGCACUUAUAAGUCAGCAAGUGUGAUUGAUCACUGACUAAUUAAAUUAUAACUACUAUACCCAUGUGCAAAUUGAAAAUCUUAGCCAUUUUUUUGAUACCCAUGUUAAUUGUUUGGUAGCCACCACCCACUUGCCACUGCUAGAGUCUUUGAUGACUUGAGCUGAUGAACACGGGAAUGCCCUCUCAGAAUUAGUAGGCACACAGUCUUUUUUUCCUGUAUUUGCAUGUGCAUAUUGAGUUACUGAGCCAAUGACUCAUUAAAUAUUUGCAUGGCUAGUUGUAUUGAGUUGUAUUUUAUUUCUAACCUGACCUAUCAUUUCCUAUCAGGAAAACGUCCCCCAGUGGAGAUCCUGCCACAGAGGCCUGAGUUACUGAACAGGAAGUGACAUCAUAGUAUCUGAAGAAUGGAACCUAUAAAUGCCAAAGUAAGGAGGAAGUAUUGUGAGUUGGGGGUCUUAGUUAAAUGUUUUUGGAGAGUUCCCAGGACAGUCCAUGUUGAGAAAGGAUAAGAAUUAGGAAAGUUAUCUGUGAACUGUAAUGUCUAACAUCAACAGAUGGUUGUAAUUUCAUCCAGCCCUGUGUAAUCUCAUGUUAAGUGUUACAUUUCCUUGCUUUUAUAUUUCAGUACAUUCAUGUUAUAUUUCAGUACAUUAAGGCUGCUGUAAAUUGUCAGGGAGACCUUCGUAGUUCAUGAAUUUAAUCAUAACUCAUUAUUUAUUGAAGUUUAUAUUCACUUUAAUCUGAAAAAAAUCUGAAAGUGACAUACCAUUAUUUAAUAAGGACAUUUUAUCCUAACAUAUUAACAUAUUUCCACAUUGAAUGUACAGUAUACAGCAUAAUCUCAUUAACAAAUAACGACGUGUCAAAAUUACAUGUCUUCAAGUGUUGUAAUCAUGAGAAAUAUACAGAUCUCUUAUAUAGCACAGAGCAAUAUGAAAUGCACAUUUCUUUAUAACCUGUUGUUAAAUGGCAUACCCUGUGUUCUCAUGUAAUCAUUUUAUGUUUGUAUUUGUUUAAUUAUCCACUUUUUUACUGUUUAUUUUGUACAUUGUACACUGUACAUUGUUUGUACUUACUCUGACCACCUCAGUGUGAUUGUAGUUGGCUGUAGUUAACUGCAUUGUCAUCCUCUGCCUUGUUAUUCCGCUGCCUCCUUUUAAGGGGAACAGAUUUUAGUGCAGAUCUAUAUUUGUAUUUACCUAGUAGUUAUUACUAUAUUACAGAUACUACGUAAUGUAAGCCUGUUGUUGCAUUGUUGGGUACAUGUUUUUUUGCAAGUUAUUAUGCAACUGUUUUGAUACACAUUAUUUUACUUGUGGAAUUUACUGUGAGUGUCUCACUCACUCUGUGGUUAUUUACAUGGGUGAAGGAGCAGGGCUGAUAUUGAGCUCUGCGUAGUUCAUGUCAUCAGGAUCAGUGAUCGGCUUGACUGACCGUCUCAUGUUUUCAUAGAUGUCCUCUGGUGUAGACAAUGUUGAUUUUUGUAUCUAACAGUCAGAAUACAGUCAAAAUACUGAGCACUG